UCCUGCACCAAUGGCGGGAGAGUACAAAUGUUGUGCUGCUGUACAACUGUUUAUGCACGUUGGCCCCACACAGUUCCCAUUGAAUCCAUUUCACGAGGCGCACUUAACCUUCAACAUGACAAACAAAUAGGAGCUAGAGUAACACGUAAAUAUGAGCAGAGUGCCACUGAUGCUUUCAUAUUCAAUUACAGCUACAAGGCGUCCCCUGACCGACGAAGAACUGACUAAACUGGCUGAAACGCGUCCUAUCACAGUCCUCUUCGUCGGUGACCGCAGCUACAGUACGAUAUCGAAGGAACAAUUCCUGAUAUAUGCACAAAGCCAGCUUAACAUGAUCAAUGCAGCCUUUGCAGAAAAUGACAUCAAGCUGAAGAUGAAAGUAUACGACACCUAUGUGCUGAAUGAGGAACAGGAAAGAAACCACCUCGUGGAAAUUCCUGGGAGACAGUUUCAGUCAAUUGACUCAGAGAGAACCUCUGAGAGACUUAAGGGAAGAAUAGUUGAAUACCCUGGGGUCAACGAGUCCGACAUCGUCUACGUAUUUACGAGAAAGCUCCUCAGCAAGGAAGGUUCUAAACAGACUAGUUGGGACUGGUACGAAGAUAAAACAGGACCCUGUGGAGGACGUUUGCUGCCCAACAUCUACUACGACCCUCCCUUUUCCUACCUAGCUGUUACACAUUGUAUGUGGUCCAACACCCUGGUCAGGAUAGUGAACACGAGUGAAUGCGAUGACAUGCAUCUUGAUCAAUGCUACCAACAUCUCAUCCCUGCAUAUAAGGACGACUUGAAUAGAAGUCUAUGCUACACAACGACAGACACGCAAAAUGCGCCUACAUUUUCAGGAGUAGUAGGAUUCAACGUAGAUAAUUUCUGUAAGGCGAGCGCUCUUAUAGAUGGACUAACAGCGGGCAAAGGCUCUACAGUGAGCAAAUCGUGUACCACGCAGUGUGGGGUUUCGGGACACACGUAUGACACCAACUUCUUUGGUCCAUGCAAGGCUCCGCAGACUCCCGGACAAGCAUGCUUCGACGACGACGAUGCGCUGUGCUUCUUGAAGAAAUGUGGAAAGAAAUACAGCGAGAUAAAAGCGCUGUCCCGUCGUAACUGGAACCUACCAGACAGCCAUUACGACGAAAUGGAUGCCUGUGCUAAAUAUCCAUGACAUGACGUUCAUCUGCUCCAGAUUACCUGGUCGUGUCGUGCUUGGUACUUCGAUUCGACUAAGUGGCUGCUGCCGCUGUCUUGUGUUCAAUAUUGCUGUUCAAUAUGUCACUCUAUAACAGAUUGAUGCUCAUUUGCCACUUGUGCGAUAAUUGUUCAAACUGUGCUACAAGAGCUAUAACGUGAGGUUGCGUAAAGUUGGAGGCAACUCAAAACGCGGCUGAUUCUUGGAUGGUUAUCCUACAUCACGCGCUCUGAGUGCCGUCAAACUACUUUGCAAGUGUAGGUUAUCCGGAUGGUUUUAAAUUUGGUUUGCGAAUGUCAAGGCGAACGACAGGACAGAGAUAACCAUGACACAUUACGCGUUUUAAAUACGCAAUAACACUUGUCACUUGUACACCUGGUUCGGUUGGGUUAGGUUAAAGGGAGACUCCGCAAGGAUUUCUUUUUUUUUUUUUUUGUAAAGGUGAGCAUCACACCGAACACGGAGCACUUCUCGAUGCCGAAUACAACAAACUAAUGCUUUUUGCGCUGGUAGUUAAUUCGUAAAUGAUGACAAUGACAAUGAUGAUGACCGAAAUGCGAAGAGCAAAAGAAAAAAAACGUUCCGUUCCGCAAGUUCCGUACUAGGGUGUUUCGUCCGGAGCAGGAUACUAUGACGUCACCCACCAGCAUUAUCGUCCGCUUGGAAACCUGUGUUCUCCUCGGAUGACGUCAGCAGUAAGGUGGACUAGUGUUAGUGGUCUAUGCGAAGCAUUGCAGGCGUGUACCCCUCGAUUCAAGCCGGGCACGUGAUCUUUGACAAAAUGCGAUUGCCGCACACAAAGCGUUUUUUUUUGUUUUCGAACUACGACGACCUCAGUGUUCCAGUGUGUGGCUAUUUUCAGUGUAGAAGUUUUUUUUUUUUUUUGUUUCAAAGCAGCUUGCUUGUGCAGCUCACAAAGCAGCUAUUUCAUGUGACCGUGUCAGAAGACUCAACGUGCUAGAUCGCGGUUUUACUAGUGGAAUAGUUUUGCGCCCUGAUAACAGGUACCCUUCACAAACUUAUUGAGUGGUUCAUUGCACUUGAACGUUUGCACGGUUGCGCGUGAACAUAAAAACACAUUUUUCUUUUUCUUUUGAUUAAUUACUGCAGUGACCCGCUUCGGCUGGAGAUUUUUCUCUAAAAGAUGUCCACUGAAGGUGCCAAAGGGGUAGUAGCCACAUCGAAAGCGACGGCGCCAUGAAUAAUGUUUUCGCGUGAAAUUCAUUUGAAUUUUUAUUUAAAUAAUGACCGCCUCCCACUCAUUCAGCGCAGCUUGUAGGAGGGGUCAGACAGAUACUUAACAAAUGAACAUUCUUAUAAAAAGAUAAACAUAUGUAAUUAUAUAAGAAUACAAAUAUACAAGUUCUUCGAUUGGUGCACCGGUUCGCGAAUUUAACUGAAACAUCCGAUAUAUUGCUCUCCUCGCUGAGGGGGAUGGCAGUCCCUCCAUGGCACCGUCACUGCUAGCAGAUAACAAUGUUUAUCUUUCGUCAUGAAGAGUUGACGGCGUCCGCCGCGAUGAGCUAUUUCUGUCAACGAUACUUUAGGUGGUCAUGCUUAACCUUCAUAGACAUAAGCCGUAAGCAUAAGUAAGCAUAAGUAGUCAGCCGUUGAGCCGUUUGUUUGCGAUGGGAUAAUGUAUCAAUUGUCUCUGUUGUAAAUGUGAUGAUCGUUAUUAAAUGAAGUUAUGCGGUGUUAAACUUUGUUAAAGAUUGUUUGUGUAACGUUAAUGUUGUAUGCUGAUGAUCAAAAAUAGUGGAGGCCUCACUCAGACUAUCCAUCUUCCUUAAAUGCGUGAUAUACGGAUGAUGAACUGCCAGCUUCCCCGCGCAGACUGAAAAACAUCCAAGUUGGCUUCGUGAGCCUUAUUCUUGUCAUUGAAGCUCGCGCAUACCGACAUUAACGUACUGGUUGAGCUAACAUACAGAUAA